CAGCACCCCGGAAGCGGCGUGCGGCGGGUGCCACGGCCGGCGGGGCCAUGGCGGGCGGCGGGGACUCGCUCCGCGCUCUGCUCCGCACCGCCAACGCGCUCCUGCAGCAGCGCCGCUACCAGGCCGCGCUCGCCGUCAUCAAAGGCUUCCGCAACGGCGCCGUUUAUGGAGCCAAAAUCCGUGCCCCACAUGCCCUGGUGAUGACUUUCCUGUUCAAGAGUGGAAGUUUAAGGGAGAAGCUGAGAUCCAUUGCCCAGGCCACGUACGCCCAUUCCAGGAACCUGGCCUGUUUUGUGUUCACCUACAAGGGGCUCCUGGCAGCACAGUCCCGGCUGCAGGGGAAAAAAAUCCCAUUUCAUUCUUUCCUUGCAGCCUGCAUUGGGGGCUGGCUGGUGUUUGGUGACAACAAUCCCAUCAACAGCCAGAUCAUCAUGUACCUGCUGUCCCGGAUCCUGUUUGGUCUGUCUCGGCUGGCUGUGGAAAAGGGCUACAUCCCACAGCCCAAGCAGGAUCCCUUCCCUCUGGUGGCUGCCCUGGUGUGGGGCACAGUGCUGUGGCUCUUUGAAUACCACAGGCAGACUCUGCAGCCCUCCCUGCAGUCCUCCAUGACCUACCUGUACGAGGACAGCGAGGUGUGGCACGACCUGUCCGACUUCCUCAUUUACAACAAAAGGACAGACAGCAAGUAGGUGCUUCACUCUAAAUCACCUCGGAAUGCAGCUGAGGGAAAAGGUUAUUCUGUUGCUCUUGACCUGUGAUUUUUUAAAAUUAACAUCAGUCAAGCAGAGUUGGCUCUUGUCUCCAGGCCAGAAUGUUCUGAUCAGUAUUUUGGCUCCUUUGAGAGCAAGCACAACACCCCACAGAAACUUGUUGCUGUGUUUUUUAAGAGGCCUUAUUUUCCCUGUAAGUGUGGCAUUGGGGUUUGUUCUUUAAAAACUAAAUAUAUUUAUAAAAUGACAGCCUGACACUAAGUGGAGAGUGUGAAGACAUGUUCUAUGGCUCAUCUGAAUGUUUAGAAGUUUUUUUUUCUAUGUUGCUGGAGGGUGAAGGGAGUGGGGGACCUGCUGAGCUCUGAAAGCAGUGCCAUCAUUUCUUCAUUGCUAUGGAUGGCUGGAAAUCCUGUUUAAACUGUUACAAGGACAGUUGUGUGCUCCUUGAGAGAGUUCCUCUGCAGUUUUCCCUCAGGGAGACAGUAAAAUGUGUAAGAAUAGAACUCUUAGGAUUGUUUUGUGCAAGCCUGGUAAAUCAGGCUUGGAAAGACUAUUUUUGCUUGGUUUCUUUCCUGCACUUGGGCUGAAUCUGGGCCUCUGCAGACUGCACUAAUGAAUAACCUGUAAUUAUUUUAAAUUUGUUUGUAAAGCUUUUAAAAGCUGCUUGAACUAAAUACCAAAAACAGUUACACAACUUGGGCUCCUCUACAACCAGGCCUUGGAUCUCACACUGGAGACUUUGUGUGACCAAGGGCACAACAUUUACCAAGCACCUUUAUUUUGGUGGAGCAGGACAAGGGUUUCUCUGAGGUCCAGAAUCUGCCCUCCACAUCAGUGGCAUGUGUUGGCACUAACCAGAUUUAAAUCUGAUUUUGUACCUGUAGUUUGUGCAGGCUCAUUGCUCAGCCAGGCUGAGGCCAUGAAUUAAUUUAUUAAUUGUCUUGCUUGCAAAAACACUCUUCUGAGCUCCAGGGUAGUGCAGCAUGGCCUGAGCUAUGGCAGAAGAUUGACUAGAUAGCUGAGAAAGCACAAAAACUGGUUUAAUUAAUGAAUUCAAAUUCCUCAUAGUGCAAGGCACUCACCUGCCAUAUAACACUACACAGUUCACUCAGUGAUAUGCACUGAAAUAAUUCCUGCCACACUGGUUUGAUGUGGUGAUUUUUCCAAGAGAGUCAUGAGGUUCCCUGUUUCCUUUUGGCUCAGUUGGGACUAUUUGGUUCACUUCCCUUGUAUUCACCUGCUUUUCCCUGACCUGCCCAUGUCAUUUAAUAAUCCUGCUGAUGCUCUCUUUGUAAUCUUUUGAACUCUUUACCCUCCAGGCUCUGGCAAUUUCUCCUAUUCAGUGGUACAGCUGAAACGGUACAUUUAACUUCAGGGAGCUUCUGAGUAGAAAAAACUUUCUCAAUUUCUUCUAAGUCAUUUUUCCUUGUCCUCCUAAACUCCUUUAUUACUGUUCCUCAUAUUCAGAGUGCUGCUUUGCUCUUUAUUUUUCCACUUUUCUUUGUCUGUGCAAAUCCAUGUUGUACAUGCUGCCCAAAAACCAAGAUACUUCUUUGUCAGAAUAACUUUCUGUGAUCUCUUUAGCUUCUAAUUUCAUUGCAAACUUCUAGUUAGCUGCUGUUACAGUCUGGAUUGAAUAAUUGAAUUGGAACAUUCAUCAGACCCCAUGAAAGCUGUAAAAUUAGGAAUUUGGGUUUUUUUCUUUUAGUUAAAUAUUUUUCUCAGUAUAGAGAAGCAUAAAAAUUCAAUACAGAAAAACUACUGAAGCUACAGGUGAGGUGUGAUUCCUGUAUAAACAUCUUUAUUUCCACCACUGCUGGGUAUUUGAAGCAUCACAUUUUUUUUUCUGUCAGAAGCCUCAAUAUUGUUCCAAGUAAGGGCAUUGGUAUCCUGCUAAAAUUACUAAAUUCCUGCAAGCUUGGAUGGGAUUUCAGAAAGCUGACAGCUGUGGCUUGGGAAUUGCUCCCUAAAACUAUUAAACUCACAAAUCCUUGACCAUGUGCAAUUAGUGCAGCAAAAAGGUUCUGUGAGCUGGGUGUCUCUGAGAAAGGUUUGGUCUGUACAUUUGUAUUUCUUUCUCUUGAGCUUGUGGUUCCCUUCGAGGUGGAAUAAUCUUCCUCUGCUGGGAAUUGUACUGCUGUGGCUGCUGGUGAUGCUCUUCAGUGUCCCUGAGCAGGACAAGUGGCCUUUCCUGACCUUUUCACACUGCACUCUGCCCUCUCUAGAAAAUAAAUCCCAGCCAAAAACCAGUGUCUGGAAUCAGCCUGGCAGCAGCGAGCAUGACUUCUCCUCGGUUCAAAACGCCCUUUUUCUUUGGGGAAUCUCUCCCUUUCUCAGGAAGCCGUGCCCUGGCCCCCAGCCAUCUGUGGAGGAGCCCCAGGAGGCAGCUGCCAUCCCUGGAAGCCCAGCUCCUCCCAGGAGCACAGCUUUGGCCUUUGCUGGCCGUUGGUUUUCCUGCUGUGCUGGGGCAGGACAAGCUGCAAGUCACUGCUUUCCCCAGGGAAGUAAUUGGGACAGCUCCUUAAUGACAUCAGCCCCCAUGGCUGUCCCUGGGACCAGAUAGCUGGGGAUGAGCCCCUUCUGCUGCCAAGGUGUUGGAACAAUGCAGGCGUGUAGUAGGGAAGUGAACUAGAAGUAAUUUGUCUGAGGCAGACUUUUGGGAUAUGUAAGUGACACUCCCUGCCCUCCCCCAGGGCUUUGUGUAGGGAAUGGAGGGCCCUGUUUGGGUUCCCUUUUUAUUAGCAUUAAAAGCAAAAGAAAUAAAGAGACAGUUGGGAAGCCACCUGCAUAUAGCCAAGUGCUUAAGGAUCACAAAGAAGGGCCAUUUUGUCCCCCCAACUCCAACUGGUUUUGAAUUUUAAGAUGAGCAUGGGGCUGUUUGCCUGCAGCAACUUUAUUUUCCCUUGUUAUUUCUUCCUUGACACCUGACUGAUGCUGAGUGUUGCUAAAGAGGAGCAGAGUGUCUCAGUCUUAGCUCAGUUUGUGAAAAGCAAGGAACACUGGAUAAAACAAGUGUUUAAAAUGAUGCUUCCCCCUCAGAUUUUAAACCUCUCUUAGAGGCAGUUUUAAAGGUUAAUGAACCAAACUGAUCAAAAGUUUUCAGCAAUCCUGAGCUUUUCAAGCAGACUGACUAUCCUGGGCUAUUAAUCAUUUAUUUUAUGAAGGAACAAAGCAGGCUCAGGGUUAUUUACUGCUGCUGCCUGCUGCCCUGGCAUACCCACUGUGCUUCCCUUCCCUUUGGAGGACAGCUUGUGUGCUGGGGCUGGCUCUGGGGAUGGCUGGAGAACCCUUUCCGGGACAAUUGCAUUAUUUAACAAAGGUGAAAAUGAGACAGCUGCCUGACAUUUGGGUUGGGGAAGGUUUUCUGGGCUGUGUUUGAUGCUGGCACUGAAGGAGAAAGCAAAACCUGUGUUUGGCCAUUCAGUGCUGCAGAGAAGGGCUGGAGGAGGCAGGGAGGUGUGACCUGUGUCUGGAAUGGGACAGUGGGAUUUGUCCUGGUCACCAUCCCUGUGUCCAUGCAAUAACCAGAGAACUGGCCCUGUUGAGGGCAUUUAUCAUAGAAUUGUGGGAUGGUUUAGUUGGAUGGGACCUUAAAAAAACCAUCCUACCCCCUGCCAAGGGCAGGGACACCUUCCACUAUCCCAGGAGGCUCCCAGCCCCAGCCUGGUCUUGGACACUUCCAGGGAUGGAGCAGCCACAGCUGCUCUGGGCACCUGUUCCAGGAUGUGGAGGCUGCAGAGAAGCUUUGAUGUUGUUGCUGUGAGACUUUGCUGCCCUGCUAGAGUAGGUCAAGCUCUGCUUUACACCGAGCUGGGUGUGUGGGUGGGAGGGCAGAGACGAUCCCUGGCUGCUGAAAGAGACCCAAAGCAGGGCCUCCCUGUGCAGAGUGGGCUCUGCAGGCAGCUGCCAUGGCUGCCUGGUGCAGACUGUGCAGAUCCCUCACCAGGAGAAACUGCUGGGACUCCACCUUGUUUUCCCUGCAUCAGCACAAAGGUGACCUUUGGAUAAUACCCCGAGCCCUGCACUGCUCCCUAUUUGUCAGGUUGUGUUUGUCUCCCUGGCUCGUGCCAGCCUGAAGCAGAAUGUGUUUUCUGAUGCUGCUUUUGAAACCUGAAAGAUAAGGGAGGAGGGGAAAUAAGGUGUCAUGUCUGCCUGCCACUGUUAAUAUUUUUGGGGUGUUAAUCUUGAGUUUUCAACCUGUGUGUUCCUACCAGAUUGCUGGAGGAGGUAACUUUUUUCUUUACUUAGAAGAAUUUUCAUGUCUCUGGUGAUGAGGAGGGAGAAAAACAAAAUAAAAGCUCUAUAAUACAGGUAUUAUUACCUCUAUUUUUUAUAUAUAUUUUAGAUUCAUAAUUGCUGUGUAAUCCAGGCCCUGAUUUUCUGACAGCAUAGAAUAAAGAACAUAAACUCAGGUAACUUAUGUGACACUGAUCAGAAUGCUUGUAGAAAAUAUCUUGGGUUUUGGGUUUAAAAUAAAAAAAGGGGCAGGGGGUUGUUGAUGUAGCUCUGUCCACUACAAAUUGCCUUAUUGUGGUCAUUAUUUCUGUAUAAUCACUCUUUGAAUAUGACAAUACUGUGCUUUCUCUAAAAAUAAAAAUCCUAAUUUUU